AUGGCGCUGGCACCCAGCUCGCCGAGGCUGCCCAGCCCUCCGCCGGCUGCCGAGAUCCAAAUGACGCCUAAUUCACCGUCUGGAGGUCCAGCUGCGACACUCGAAACGACACAGAUGGAACAGUCUCUUCUUGACGCCAACUCAAAACGAAGGAUACAUCCGGGAACAAAGGCUGCUGAUAUGGCGGCUGGUCCGCCCCUUGUGCCUCUAAGCGAGCUAGAAUCAGCAUUCUCGCUCCAAGAGCACCUGGCUGCUCUACAUUACAAUCUCACAGCGCAGGGCACUCGAGCACUGACGCGGACCACAGCCCACCAAAUUGCGCAGCCCCCGGCCGGUAUCGAUCGAACGCUGUGGCUCUACGAACUUUGCCGAUUCCUCAUCUCACAAUGCAACGCCCUCAUUGUCGGCUUUUUAUUCGACACACCGCCAUGUAGUGCUGCGACCUGCCCAGAGAUGCGCGCAUCCGAGUGGCAGUUUCUCUGUGCUGUGCAUGAACAGCCCAAGAGCUGCUGCGCAAUCGACUACUGCUGCCAUACUCUCGACUGGGCUGCAAACGUGGUAUCAGAUCAAAACAUUUUCCCGAGCCGCUUCAUGAUACUGAACGACGCACAAAGCAAACAUGUCGGCCUCAAGAAUCUGGUCAAUGUUUUUCGUCGUUUGCACCGCAUCUUUGCGCACGCAUGGUUCCAGCAUCGCAGCGUUUUUUGGGCUGUGGAAGGGCAGAGCGGGCUGUAUGUCUUUUUCAAGACAGUCUGCGACCUCUAUGACUUGUUACCUGCAGAGAAUUACAAGCUUCCGCCCGAGGCCGAGGGUCUCGAAGCACCAGAGGCCGUCCCCGAGCUGUCUGCGAACAAAUCACCGACUGCGACGAUUCCUUCAAGAACCUAUUCGAGAAUCUUGAAGCCAAGCUCACCACCGCAGGAAAAUGCCGGCGGUGCAGCAGCCAGUCCCGAAGAUAACAUGCAGCCACAUGACCGAACCACGACGAGGCGGCAUAUUAGAAGUAGCCCUUCGACAGGCAGCGCCGUGAUGACCGUCAUGGAGACGGAUGAGGAGGAGCAGGACUCGGUGACGCGAGGACUGGAUAGCAUGCACCUAGGUGUCCCAUCGCCGCCCAAUAUGUCACGAUUUGCAGACGAAUCCGAGGUUGCAGAAGUACCCGUCGUCGUGAAUGAGGAGGCAUCGGACAGUACAUCAACGGCGCAUCUGAGCAAAACAAGCGAGGCUGACGAUGAGUCUGAGGAUGCCAACAAGACGGGCGCAAAAUGGGCCACUGAGGAAGAGGCGAAAUCAGGGCCGGCAGUUGAUGAAAAGAGCGCUAGAGUAGCCGAGCCUGUUGCCGAGGACCUCUCCACCAUGCCAGCGGCAUCAGACGCGUCAUCAUUGUCUUCAGACCCUUCAGCACAACCAGAGGCAGAGGAGAAGAGCGCGGACGCUACAUCUGCUGACCAGGACAGGCCAGCGGCAGGCAAUAAUUCGGUGACAGACGAAUCAGACGGGCCAGACCGGGAGGCUACUAAUGAUGCGGAUCAUUCUCCGAGCAGUGGCAGCGAAACCACGCCUGCGACGACAUCGUCCGCAACCACCACGGCAUCACCUCUCACGGAUUCGUCAAAGGAAGAAGCAGUAAAAGAAGACCAGUAA